CUGAGUAUUUUCGCUCCUCGCUCGUUCGGCAGUCCCGAGGACGUUGGGCAACUAUACCACCACCAGAGUUCAGCAGCAAGGAGCGUGGCCUAUAAGCUGACGGGUCGGACUAGUUGGUCGCCUUAUUCGUUGUCGAGGCAACGGACGUCUUGGAUCACGCUCGCUCCCUCUCCUCCCAAUCUCUCUCUCUUUCUCUUUCCAAAGAAGAAACGAUCGGGACGCACGAAAACAUCAUCAUCGUCUUUCCACAAAUCUCCAGAAGCGGGAGGCUGCCGCAUCAACAACUCGUACAAUACUACUACUCUCGGCCAUCGUUUAUAGUUAUUUUUCCCCACCGUGACUUGAUUGAUCGUCCAUUACGCGGCUGUGACGAUGAUGAGCGUUCAUCCAUAGACUAUACGGUCUAUGCCCCCUCAGUGUUGGUGCGACGGAAUUCCGCAAAGGUCCCUAUACUCUGGAACAAACAGCGCGCCGCAUUAUUAACUAUACCGGACGGCGAGUGCUGUGCUGCUGCUCACUCAAGACCAGGAGGAAAAAUCAGGCGAUCCGCAGCCGCUAUCGUCCGCCGAAAUUCACACAAGAGCAACGCACGACAAACAAGAAACAUGAUGAGGAUGGAUUGGAGCGCAUCUUUCACCUCUAGAUGGACCUUGCCCUUCAUUCUCUUACCGUGGCUCUUCAUCUCCAUGGCAGAGACGGAGAGCCGUUAUUUGCCGGAAUUUGAGCGGCCUCUACCCAACCAAACUGUGACGCUGGGCGCCGAGGCCGUCCUGUCGUGUCACGUCGCCCAUCUCGGCGGCUACAAAGUCGGCUGGAUCAAGUCGGACUCGAAAGCCAUUCAAGCCAUCCACACGCACGUCAUCACGCACAAUACCAGGGUGUCGGUGCGCCACUUUGGCCACUCUGUCUGGCAGCUGGUCAUCACCGACGUCCAGCGCGAAGACGAAGGACUAUUCAUGUGCCAAAUCAACACGGACCCCAUGAAAAGUCAGGUUGCCUACCUGAGAGUGGUUGUUCCGCCAGAAAUAGAACCCACUGACAGUGGAACUAACGACGUCAUGACUUCCGAAGGCAGUUCCAUCAAACUGGGCUGCAAGGCCAAAGGUGAUCCGACACCUGUAGUUCGUUGGCACCGCGAAGACGGAGAGGACAUUACUAUGCGGACCGUCAAUGGGGAACGACUCCGAUUUGCAACUUACGAGGGUGAGACGUUAUCGUUGAUUAGAAUCAGUCGGCUCGACAUGGGCAUCUACGUCUGCAUGGCGUCCAAUGGCAUUCCACCAGCCGCUUCACGGCGAAUCGCCGUCAACAUCAACUUCAAUCCGGUAAUCAACGUCCCCAAUCAGCUGAUCUGGUCGACGCAGGGCAAUAAUUUCACCAUGGAGUGCAACGUCGAGGCGUUCCCGCGCUCAGUAAACUACUGGAUUAGAGGAGACGGUGAAUUAAUCAUCUCUGGCAGUAAAUUCGGCGUGUCUGAAGUGCGGGACUCGAUUUUUGCUUCCCGGAUGGCUCUGACUGUCCACUCUUUCGAAAAAUCUGAUAUCGGCAAGUACCGGUGCAUUGCAAAGAAUUCGCUGGGCGAAGUGGAAGGUCGCAUUCACGUCUACGAAAGUAACUCUUGGCCGGCUGCCCGGGCAACGACGAAACGAUCAAUCGACUACGCCGAAGAUCUGGAAGAGACUAAUAACGGGCUGGAUCAUAACCACCACCAGCGGCAGCAGCAGCAGCAGAGGCGACAGCAGCAGCAGCAGGACAAUGAAGUGGACGAGCUCUUGGAAGGAGAUGACGAGGAAGAGCAUCAGCAGCAGCAGCAGCAGCAAGGUGACAGCUUGUCGGCGGUGCCGGCAGGUCGCGACACUUUGCACUACCAGUUGACAACGACGGAGAAGAGCGCUUGGCGGAGUGGCCACCGCAACGGAUCCCCCGGAUCUCUCCACUUUCUUCCGCUACUUUCGCCGACUUCAUUCGUCUGUGUCCUCAGCCUCGUUCUGUCUUUGCCCCACUUCAUUCCAUUCUGCCGUUACAUUUAAAUCGUGAUUAUUCAUCAAUAUUUAUUAUGAUAUAAAUAUAAUCCAUUUGUCCACCA